AAGUCUCCUCGCUCUUGUCUUGUUGAUUCUGCAAGUUUAGAGUUUUGUGAUUGUGAAAAAGGACAGCUAUCAUCACUAUCCGCCUUUCCUCACGCAGAAUUUUGUAAACUACUUCUUUUUUCUCCCCGAAAGUAAGACCGAUCAAAAACCAAACAAGAUGGAGCGCAGCAACAUGAGGAAUCAGACGGUGGCUGUCGCCGGGCGACAGUUCAACCCGCUGGAACAGGAUGAGUCGGUGCUCCGCAAGGGCGAGCGUUCCAACACUUUGCCGACCAGUUUCCGUCGUGGUGAUUUGGAAAUCAAGGAAGCCGACUUGAAGGACCUCGAGCAGCGCCAGGCAGCGUUGAAGGGUAAUAACUCCGAUUUAGCCUCAUGUCAGUGCAUCUUGUCUUGCGUGACACUUCUCCUUCUUCUUCAUCACAUUCCGCGUCGAAAAUGAUUUGUGCUACGCUCGUCGCGCUCAAAUUCAAGAGUGCAUAUGCAUCGAAAAUCAAAAACUAAAUCAGGUCGUCAGCGACGUGGGUCUAUCAACUUGACGAAGGUCGAUGAGAAGGACAUGGCACACUACUGGGAAGAAUGCAAGGACAUUGACCUGCACUUGCACGGCAAGCUCUCAGCAAUCCAAUCUGACAACGUCCCUGGCGCUGAGCGGGAGGCUGUGUUGUACAAGCUGAAGGUAGAAAUCGAGCUUCUUGUUUCAGAUUCCUUUAGCCACCGUGACCGUUCCUAAUGCUGAAAUAUGCAAAUGUUCUUCACCUUCAUCAUCCAACAGGAGCCGAAGCUGCUGCAGGAGAAGUACAAGUUUAUCUACUCCUGCGUGAAGGGUGCCAAGGGCUACAACGACACAACCCCGAACCAAGACAACUUCUCCUACACCGUCUUCCAGGGCUGGGACAUCAUCAUCAUCAUGGACGGUCACGGUCCCUGCGGGCACCGCGUCUCCGCGCGCUGCGUGCAGACCAUCGCCUUCUACCUGUGCACGAACUUGAAGUGGGGAAAAGGUAUUGCAGCAAGCUUUUCAUCUAUGACUAAAUCCACAUCAUCAGCAGAUUAUCCUGCUGUUUUGUACGUGUACUGCAAAUCUUCAAAAUUAAUGCGAGUGCGACGCAAACAAGCGCCCCCGACACCGACACACAACAUAACACAAAAAUGCUCUUCCGAAACUCCACAGACAUGAAGGGCGCUAUGAAGGACGCGUUCGCCAAGGCUUCCGAAGACGUGCUCGCGUACGCCAUUGAAAACGAUAUUGACGUGCAAGCCUCCGGAUCCACCUGCGUCAUGUACAUGCACAACGGCGAGCAGUACUACACGGCGAACGUCGGGGAUUCCCGGGCGGUGAUUGGAUACGAGGGGGAGAAGGAAGUCGUCUUCGAAACCGCGGACCACAAGCCGAACUCGCCGGAAGAAAAGAAACGCAUCGAAGCGAAUGGCGGUGAGAUCAGAACGCUGCGCUACGACGACUUCACGGUGGACCGUAUCUUCGUCAAGGGCUGCGACUUAUCAACUGCAAAAAUGUCUGGGUCUGGAAGCGUCGGGGCUUGUCAUGCACAUUUUGCAUGACCCGUGAGGUCUGUGAUGCUGGUGCAAGCAUCACAGAUUUUUUGAGAGCUUCUUGAUGGUGAUUACGCAUGAGAGCUGCCCUCCCCGCGUGCCAAGAACUGACUCCUCUUGCUGCUUAUGCAACACAGACAUUUUUAGAAUCCGCAGACAGCAUUACAAGUUCCACUCUUCCAGACCCAGACAUUUUUGCAUUCGAUACGACUACCCCGGUCUCUGCAUGUCCCGGUCCUUCGGGGAUGAGUGCGUCAAGGGCUGCGGUGUCACCUCCGAACCGGAAGUCACCGGACCAACCAAGGUAUCUUUAGGGUAGCGGUGAUGGUGGUACUUAAUACAUAGGCUUUCCGACUCAUCAUUUGCUCGUGUCGUAAUCUUAUCAUCCCACGAUUACGAAAGUUGUCGAUUUAUUACAAUAAAACGUCUACUGUCGAAACAAAAAACAGCUCGACCUCUCCCGCAAUCCGUUCCUGGUGAUCGCUUCCGAUGGUGUGUGGGAGUUCAUCGAGAGCGCUUGGUGCGUGAAGGCGAUUGUGAAAAAGCUGUCCCAGGAGCCGGCCGAGCGAAUCAUGCAGAAGCUGUCCAAAGAGGCCCGGCGGCGAUGGAAACAGGAAGAAGGCGAGUACUGUGACGAUAUUACGGUCUGCUUCAUGCAGAUGAACCGCCAUAUGAAGUAA